GUCUGUCCUUAAAGCAAAAGUUGAACACCACUCUCAACUUGGCUGCAAGUAUUGGAGAAAGAUGGAAGGCAUAAAUGACAACGGUUGAAGCCUUGAUAAUCUGAAGAAGUAGAUCACAGUGAUGGAGUUGGUAGGAACGCUUCUUCGGGAUGCUGUUACUUGUUUGUUUCGUUGUGGUAAAGUCCAUUCAGCAUAUGUUUACAAGAUGAAGGAGAAUCUAACAUCACUGCAAACAAAGUGUGAUGCUCUUCAAAACAUGAGCAGAGACGUUCAAAUAAGAAUAGAUGAAGCCGAGGCCACAUCAGAGAGGCUAAGGACAAAUGAAGUAAAGGGUUGGCUGCAAGGAAUUCAUCAUCUCCAAGAGACAACCCGCAUCCAAUUUCUGAAUGAUGAGAGAGAGAAAAGAAAAAGUAAUUAAAUAGCAAGUCCACCUCUGUCUUUGUCUUUUAAGCAAAAGUUGAACACCAUUUUCAACUUGGCUGGAAGUAUUGGAGAAAAGAUGGAAGGCAUAAAUGACAACGGUUGAAGCCUUGAUGAUCUGAAGAAGUAGAUCACAGUGAUGGAGUUGGUAGGAACGCUUUGGGAUGCUGCUACUUGUUUGUUCCGUUGUGGUAAAGUCCAUGCAGCAUAUGUUUACAAGAUGGAGGAGAAUCUAACAUCACUGCAAAUGAAGUUUGAUGCUCUUCAAAACUUGAGCAGAGACGUUCAAAUAAGAAUAGAUGAAGCUGAGGCCACAUCAGAGAGGCUAAGGACAAAUGAAGUUAAUGGUUGGCUGCAAACAAUUCAUCAUCUUCAAGAGGAGGAAAUGACGGAAAUUAAUAGAGUUCAUCAAAAAAUUUCCAAUAAUAAAUGUCUGAGUGGUUGUUGCCCAAAGAAUUGUGUGUUAAGAUACAAGUCUGGAAAAAGAAUCGUUCAUAUGCUCAAAUAUGUGAAUGAACUGUUGACUAGAGGGGAACAUUUUGGUAGCGUCCAUAUUGCUUAUAAACUACCACCUAAGCCAGUCGAUGAAAUGCCCUCUGUUGAGACUGUGGGCUUGGAUUUGAUGCUCAAUCAAGUUUGGAAUAGUAUUGAAGAUGAAAAUAUAGGCAUCAUUGGUUUGUAUGGAAUGGGUGGAGCGGGAAAAACCACUCUUAUGAAAAGAAUUCAUAAUGAAUUUGGAAAACGGAACCUCCACUUUGAUGUAGUGUUGUGGGUCGUAGUUUCUAGAGAUUGUGAUAUCAAUAGGAUUAUGAAUGAUAUUCGAAACAGGUUACAGAUUGAUGACAACUUUUGGAACAGAAGUAGUCAAGAUCAAAAAGUGGCAAGGAUUUAUCAAGUCCUGAAGCAAAAGAAAUUUGUAUUCAUGGUAGACGAUCUGUGGAAAAGUUUGGAACUAGAAAUGGUGGGAGUGCCACUUCCGAAGGAAACUAAUAACCAAUCAAAAGUAUUGUUCACCACACGGUUUGAGGAUGUGUGUGCUAAAAUGCAAGCUGAGAAGAAACUCAAGGUGGAAUGUCUAUCAGAGCAAGAAGCAUUUAAUUUGUUUUGUAAAAAAGUAGGUGAAGACACAUGGAAGUGUCAUGGAGAAAUUGAAAAGCUAGCACGGGAGAUGGCUAAAGAAUGUGGAGGAUUGCCAUUAGCACUUAUUACAGUGGGAAGUGCCAUGGCUGGAGUGAGAAGUGUUGAAGCAUGGAGGCAGGCCACAAGUGAUCUAAGGAGUUCUUGUUGGGUAGGUCCCGUUUUGGAAGAGAAAGUGUUUGGUGUUCUCAAGUUCAGUUACGACAAACUCCCAGACGAAACACACCGAAAGUGCUCCUUAUACUGUGCAUUAUAUCCAGAAGAUUUUGAAAUUAAAGUUGAUGAUCUUGUUUAUCGAUGGAUAGGAGAGGGAUUUCUUGAUAAAGAUAAGACAAAGAAGAGUAUAUAUGACAUGCAUGUGCAAGGAAAAUCUAUUGUUGAAAAACUAAAGCUUUCAUGUCUGUUGGAGGGCGUUGUUGAAGAUGAUUUUUAUGACUCACCUUCCAUUAAGAUGCAUGAUGUGAUCAGAGAUAUGGCAUUAUGGUUAUUCCGUGAUCAAGAUGUAAAUAAAGACAGAGUCAUUGUUGAUGGAGAAGCAUUAGCAAUAAAAUCAGAAACGAAUGUUGAAAGAUUAAAUGCUGUAGAGAGGAUUUCAAUUAUAAAUGCUGGAGAAAGUUGGCGAGUGCCAUUGUGUCCAAAUCUCAUCACUUUAUGUAUAAGGAAAAACAUUAAUCAGUAUUCAAAUCUCCAAUUUAUGUCGAAACUGAAAGUCUUGGAUCUGUCAAGAAUCCGAAUUAAGCAUCUUCCCUCGGAAAUUGGCAAGUUAAACAACUUGGAAUUCCUUGAUCUGUCAAGGACAAGCAUACAAGAAAGGUUUCCAAUUGAGCUGAAGAAUUUGGAAAAUUUAAGGGUCUUGCUCAUGGAAGAUGUUGAAUUUGAUCUUCAAAUAAUUCCUUUGGAAGUGAUAGAAAGUUUGGUGCGAUUGAGAGUGUUUAGAUUUGUAUAUUAUCGGAAACUUGAAUACUUUGAGGAAGAGAAAACAUUCUUAGAGAAGUUGGAGUCCUUACCGAAGUUGGAGGAACUGUGGAUCGAGUUAUCAACCUUAGCUGGCAUUCAUAAACUACUUCACUCCACCAAAUUGCGGAAUUGCUCAACAUUAUAUUAUCUUAAUGGAAUCGAGGACCAAGUUGAAAUGGCGUCGAUAUUUGAAUCUUUGUCGGCAAUGAAGAAUCUAGAAUAUCUGCGUUUCUACCGAAUUAAUAUAGUGGAAGGUUCGUCCAUCUCUGGCCCAUGCCCUCUUCACAACCUUGGAAGGGUGACUGUUGGUAAAUGCAAAUCAAUAACUCAUUUGACAUGGCUGAGGUAUGCUCCGCUUCUUGAGUAUCUUAAUGUUUGGCAUUGUGAUUCCAUUGAAGAAGUGGUGAAGGAAGAUGGUGGGGCGGAUAGAGAGGAGGCUGAUAGUCAUAUAUUUUCAAAUCUUACACAUCUUCGCCUUUAUGGCCUGCCGAAGCUAGAGAGCAUUUACAAGAGAGCAUUGGCUUUUCCUUUCCUAAAAUUCAUCUCUGUAAAUCAUUGCCGAAAGCUGAGGAAGCUUCCUUUGAAUUCCAACUCUGCCAAGGACACAUUGAUUGCAAUCUAUGGAGAAGAUGAGUGGUGGAACAAUUUAGAGUGGGAAGACAGAGCUCUUAAAGACCAAUUCCAAUCAAAACGUCGAUUCUGAGAGUGCCAGAUACUAUGUCGAUUUCUUUGUUACUAACGCUUCUAAUGAUUUUCAGUUAUAUCAAAAGCUGUUUGGUGGGAGAUUUUCUCAUGAUUUCUUGGUUCUUCGUUAUCUCUCUUUUUUAUUGAAAGAAAACACAUUUUUUUCUUCUUGAGAUUAGAUUGUCUGGGAGAGAAGUGAGAUUUAUAUUUUAUUUUUUUAUGUUCAAUGUUUAUAAGAUUGCUAUGUUGCUAUGUCUUCAUCAUGCUCUUUAUAUUUAAUAUUCUUUAUUUGUAACUUAUAAGUGAUGUCAUUAGUCUUUAUUUAAAAAAAAAAAGUACUGAAAUGCAUGACUUUUAUAUUCCU